AUGGGCUUUCCCUGGAACUUUGUUAAUUGGCAAAAUAACGAGGAACAGGAGUUCGAUGUUACUGCAUGGCAAUGGUCAUAUCCAAUCCUGCCGGCUCUUCCAGGGAGUGUCAAUGAAGCAGAUCUGGAUGGAUUACCCCAGAGUGCCGGACAUUAUGAUCUGGACACUGCUCCCUUGGACCCGUCGUCAUGUCACACAUCUGCAGAUACUUUCCAAGAUAGCCUGGACAUAUCACGGGAGGCAUACUACACCCAAAGACGGCCCCCUCGCCGGCAAAACCACUCCUGCGACCAAUGUCGCUCGUCGAAAAAGGCCUGUGACUUGUCCAUAAACAUGGUAACGCAGAAGCAAAAACAACUAGGAGCAUGUUCCACAUGCAAGGUGCGAGGCUUGGAUUGUACGACGACGUGGCUCGCGAAACGACAGUCUGCGCUAAGUACUAGAAAGCGAAUGCAACCAAUAUCGGCGGUUCCCGCGACCGAUCCUGGCAGUAGCACCAGCACCAGCACGAGAGCAGACAAGCAAUCUCUGAAUGAAUAUAUUCCGCCUCACCAGCUUCUCUCACCGUCUCUGUCGGGGCCUGAAUCAGACCUAGCCAGACACCUAGAGGCGAAGGAUGCGUGUUUACAAAGGUUCAAUCUUUACGUUGACAUAUUUGACAUGCCCGUUUCGCAGUGUCUCUUGCAAGGGAGCAUGCCUCCUUGCUAUAGUUCUGGAAUCGCCGCCUCUGUUCCUCUGGGUAAUAGCUCCCACAUGGCCACAUACCUUAACCGUGCCGACCGAUGGAUCCAGUGCUGUUCGGACGCAAACUUGAGCCACCCAGUAUCGAUGACUGUGAGAUCACAGACUUUCCGUACGGUAAGAAUCUUAGACGCUCUAUUUCAGGAUAAAGCGAUAUCAAGUUCACGCGAUGCCGCAAUCACCGAAACUUACAAAUGGGUCGCUAUUGCUACAUCGGCACAGUUUGCAGUUUGUAGGGACAGCCAUGGUCUUUCCCCAAACAGUUCUAGGGAGACUAGGUCAAAGAGUCGAGACUUUGCAUAUGCAACAUGGCGAAUGGCAAGACAGAUGGUAUUUGGUAAUAUUGCAGCGGUGUCUUCAUUUCGGUAUGGCGUCUCCUCGCUCAUAUUUGGCUUUACCCAACCCCCUAAGUCAGGUGAAGAUGAUUCUACUAUGGAGCAAGACGCUUUUUACAGUCGGAAUGAAGGUAUUCGACGUCUCCAGAUCCUCUGUAUACUGGCACGGAAGCGUCUACGGACAGAGGAUGAUCUCCGAGCUCUACCACCGCAUGUAAAAGAGAAUAUCAGGGAAUUGAUCGGGUCUGUUGAGUGGCUUGUCGAGAUAUCAAAAGUGGUGACAACCGUUCUAAGAAGUGGAGUACUUCAUGAUCUCUACCCUGCCGAUGCGCUUCCUACCAACACAGAAAGCGUUUCUAACAUCGGAGAAGCCGUUUCAACCCCCAAUAAUGAUAAAUCACCGUGUUCACAGGAGAUGUUUGACUCGAUUCUGGUGCGAGAGAAGACAAAGGAUGACAUCUUCGUAACACAAUGGCGCGAUGGCGUCUGUGAGGACACACUUCUGCAGAAACUCCGAGAGUUAGGAGCACUUACCAUUGUCCUGUGGAAGUCGCUAGCAAAUCUGGCCCAGGCGGCUGAAAAGAGUCCGAAGAAAAACCUCGAGUAUGCGGCUAUUCACCGAUUAUACUCUAUGGUUACCACGACCAUUGACCUGUGGCGAUCAAAUUUCGGCACUUUUGACGGAAUAACAACGGCGCAUAUCCAAAAUUCAUCUUCGACAUUCCAGAACAUUCUCUCCUUUUGCUCAAAUGAUGGCAACUUAGCUGUCAUGAUAUUCUAUGACAUCAUACAUAGGCUUGAGACGCAUCUCCAAGGGCAACCAUCCACUGUAAAUCAAAAUAACCUAUUGGAGGUGCUCCGAAACGACAGAAGUUACCACAAGAUGCAGCGACUUCUAAGUGCUAGAGAUAUUUCCACGUUAGCCUCGAUAUUCCACGGAGUCUGUAGUCCAGGGUUCCAGGGUAAGGAUGGUCUGAAGGCUUACGUGCAAGAUAUUGCUUCUCACCCAUAUCCUAUAAUGCCACUGCAAGCUCAUAUGCUAGCUGCUAAAGCAUUCUCAGAGGAGGUUCAAGGUUCGAUUGCCAAGCUUGAUAUGAAUCACGCAGCUGAUAUGACAGCGGAGAUGAAUAUUUGUCUGCAGGCAUUACGUGGGCUUCAAGAGACUCUAGUUACUUGUCCAGACAUGUCAUAUAUUGAAUAUUAA